GGAGGGAGCUUGGAGAGGAGGAGGCGGGCCGGCGCUGGAGCCGAUGGGAGGAGGUUCGCAUCGGGGACUGAGCCCGCCUCGCCCAGUCCCAUCACUCACUCGCACAGCAGCCGGGACCUCGUGUCGGCACGGCUGCGGACACACAACAGCACACACACACGCGCCAGAGACACAACAACAACACACAGACGCAACAACAGGCGGGCGGACGAUCGGAGAGACGGAGUUAGGAGGAGGAGAAGAGGUGGAGGAGGUGGUGGAGGAGGAGGUGGUGGAGAAGAAGAAGACUAACAGAAGUCAUAACGGAGAGCCAAGACGCCACCACCGGCAAGAUGCCGCAGCUGAACGGCGGCGGGGGUGACGACCUGGGCGCGAACGACGAGAUGAUCUCGUUCAAGGACGAGGGCGAGCAAGAGGAGAAGAUCUCCGAGACCAACUCUGGCGAGAGUGAUCUCGCCGACCUCAAGUCGUCCCUCGUCAACGAGUCAGAAACCAACCAGAGCAGCUCGUCCGACUCGGAGGCCGAGAGACCCCCACAGUCGCGACACGCGGAGCCCUACCGGGACAAGAGUCGCGAGCUGCUGCUGGAGGAAGCGGCCAAGAGGCAAGAUGGAGGAGGGCUCUUCAGGGGCCCGCCAUACCCCGGCUACCCCUUCUUCAUGUUCCCGGACCUCGCCAACCCUUACCUGGCCAACGGGUCCCUCUCUCCCAGUGCUCGAUCGAUGCGACACCUGCGCAGGUGGGAUUGGUGGGGAGGGGGGCCUUCGCUCACGGAAGACCUCACGGGGCGUUGAAAGUUUCCUCAAUUUGGUACGGAUGGUGCACCCUCCGUGACUUUACCCCCCCCCCCGCCUGCUUGCAGUAACCUGAGAAUUGCUUAAUCUGUGAAUAAAGGAAGACAUUUGAGGACACAAAGGCCCUGUAAACAACUAUGGUGGUGGUUUGCAUCGGAAAAUAAACAUGGUUUUUGUGGUGCACAAACGUGUGUGGUGCGUGUGGCAUGAUGACUUUUAACCGACAAAUUGAAGACCAGUUGAAAAAAAUGUCACCUUUGUAAAUGUAUUUUUACGCACCAUACGAAAAGCCAUUUGACCAUACUUCACUCCGCUUGUCAGUGCUUUAGGGAGGCCUGCAUCCAGCAUGGCAUUGACAAAGGCCUGCUGCACAUCAAAAGCCAUUGCAAUAUUAUUUUCUCAUAUAUACUCGAGUAACGUUUGUUUUAAUUGCCAAUUAUCAGAUUUCAAAAUUGUGCUACUAGAGUUGAUAUGAGGUGAUGAAAGGUCCCUGUUCCAACAGCUUCAUACUCCAGAAUCUUGUGUGAAGAUGAUUUACAAACCCGUGGGGUGACACUGAGUGGGCACAUUCACUUUCACCACAACCACAAGAUGGCAUGCUAUUGUAUUCUGUACAGAUCAGUUUUGCCACAUUUAUCAUCCAAUUCAUAGUGCAUCACAAGUGGAAUUUUUUUUGUUUCAUAUCUUGACUUUGUGCAGUCGUCGUUUUCUUUUACUGAGCAAACGCCAUAAACUCACUCUACUAAAAUUCAAAACUCUAUGGUUUUGUGGUACCAUUUCAGGAGUACCACCAAACAGCGAUUUUCUUUUAUUAGUUCCCACUUGGGAGCCACAGUCGUGAGAUUGUUUUACUUCCUCGGCUGGUACACAGGAGGUCGUGGGUUCGAUCCCAACCCUGAUGGCUGUAUAUUUGGAGUUUGCAUGUUCUCACCAUGGCCGCAUGGCUAUUUCUCCGGGUCCCUCCACAUUUACAAUCAACAUGCAUUUACAGCAUGUGGCUGUUAUCAAUUUCCACAUUAUAAGCCACUUUCUUGAUCUAUUGCUUGUGGCCAGGUCUGUUCUGAAAAAAAGCUAUAUAACUCGGUGACCCUUACCUGGUAAAAUAAACAAAAAUUGUUUAAUUUGAAUCUGUCGCUGCGUUCCCACGUCACGCCGGCGGGUUUUCUCUCGGCUCUACGUGCCUCUCUUGUAGCAUCUGUGGCUUUAGCUGCAUGGACAGGAACCUCCGUAGGUGGGGGGAGGGGGUUGGGGUGACAUGUCCCUGCGGUGGUAAUGCGUUUACCAUUUUGUAAAGAUUUGCAGUCUGAACCCAGCAAACGCCCAGGUUAAUUAAUUCUGCAGGUCUAUUAACCACUGAAAAAAUACGUGUCGGCUGCUUCACGGUUGAAGCUAUUUGACAAAGUUAGCCAUAUGUGCCGGUCUAUUCGGAAACCGUUGGCUCUAUGCACUUCGAAAUCUAGAUUGUUUCGUUUGUCCUUCCCCCGGUAGCUCCGAUUAGCACGGUUGUCUAUGCGCGUUGUGAAAGAAGUUCAACGUACAUGCAUACAUCGUGCUCCAAAUAUUUGAGAAAUGACUUGCAAAUUACUCGCCACGGUUAAACAUCACCCACUGCUGGCAGACUCAUGCCAGCUUGCUGGCCGGCGCCGAGUUCACCUUGCGCCUCCACAGGGACAGCUGCCACCGGGAGUCCUCUGCCACGUGCUGCUUCCAGAUGUACGGCAUGGGAGGUUGCAGUAUAUAAAUGAUGACGUCCCGUAUUUAUGGUGUGAUCCGAUGGCCCCGUUUAUUUUGACCAUGCCGAUACUGGAGAAAAAUUAACUUCCACGUGAUCUCCUAUGAGGUUAAUUGGGCACCAUAAAUAUGUUGCUGCCGGAGACGUAAUAAAAGUUAUCUAAAACAGCGAUAACAUUCAGUACCAGUGUUGUGCCUGUGGUGGAAUGGUUAGCACACUGGACUUGCAAUCCAGAGGUCGGUGGUGAUUCAAUACGUACUCCUGGCGUGACUGUUGAAACAAUGGGAACGUUUCUUCAGCUCCCACCCCACCACAACUCUCCAUCCAGCAGUAUAAGUGGAUACACCUCGAGCGAGUGGCUUGGCAGGCCACAUGGGCUGGGGGUAACGCCUUUCUUGACCAAGACGUCUGGCCAGUUUAGAAGAGUAGGCCAUACAUUCCCUCUCGAGUGGCUGUCUCGAGCUCUUUCACUGGUCGUGGAGGCGCCUUUCCACCAGCAGAGGCAUGAGUAAGCAGUUGCAGGGCUGCACCUUUACUUAAAAAAACUAUCUUUUACUGUACAUGUUCGGGUGUAGCCGCCAAUCGCAAGUUUAGAAAGUUGAGGUUCAAAAAUAAAGCUUAACCGCAAAGAAAGAAGCGAUUUUUUUUUUUUUGGGUCGGGAAAAUACAUUUGCGAAAGAUUGUGCCAAUAAGAUUUUUUUGCGCGAUAUUUCACGAGAGAAAAUGCACGAUUGCAUGUUGGUGCCCCUGGAGAGGGAACGCUCGCACGCGCGCACUCGUGCGUGUGUUCCUCAUUCGCGCUGAUCCGACAAAAACCUUGAACAUCCACUGCCUGCCUACAAACACCGCUGGAGCACACUGACAUUACUUAAUGCUGUUUUGGUCCUCCGUUGUCAGCCGUCGAGUUUUUGUAUCUCAUCGGUCAAGAAAUUUGGCGGCGCUUAUCUCGGCCCACUAAGCAGAAUUGUCAACUUGCACGAGUGUUUAGAAUGGGCCUGGGUAUUCCGCGGGGGGUCGGGGCGGGUGGAUGCAACAACUAUGAAGUAAUGAAAACAAGUGGAAUAAUACCACGAAAUUUACAGGCCCGUCAACGCCUGGCCUGGUUCUUUCUUUACCCAAAACGACCGACGUUACAUCAUCCGCGCCGUCAUCGACGAUGGCGAACUUGAGAAACGCGAGCCAAGGAUACGGACCGAACGAACGGUGGUCGUUUUGCCAAACCCAUCGCUGCCGCGCUGGUAUUGCGCUCGUGAGGGGCCAUGUGGUUUUAAUUGAGCCGAGGUUGGGGGGGGGGGAUUACCUUCAGCGUUGCAUCACGGUAAUUGUUUUGGACGAGCGGUUAUUAUGGCCGGGCUGCUGGGGGGGAAAGGGACACCACUUCCUGUCUGGCCCCCUUUUCGCGGGAGCAGAUUGACUCGGGUCUACAGCGUGGGCCUCCACACUCUCGCAUGGACUUUGUGGAGUGGUUUAGUUCGAAGGGGUGGGGGGGGGCAAGAAGCAGCUACAGUGUGCACGCCAUGUGUGCUUUGCGCGUUGGUGUGUGCGCCGUGUUUUCGUGUGCUGCACGCCAUCUGUGUGUUGCGCACGUGUUCGUAUGUUCACGUUUCCUGCAGCUUGCGCCCGAAGAGAAAACGGGAUUGUCGCGCGUGGUUUAAGGGUCGCUCGAACGUUACUCACGUGGGCCACGCGCCCGCCGUGUAACGAACAACAUCGCAGGCGAGUAUGGGGGGGGGGGGCGGUUGGGGGUGGACUCCUCCGACCGCCUUGGUAGUCCGAGCUGCUUCCCACCGCUAUCGUGUUAUGUCUCGGUGCCUGGGCCGCGAUACGCCCUGGAGCGGAGCACAGAGACCCUCGGCGCGCGUGCGCCCCCCCGCCAACGCUUGUUUUUAAGGUUUUAACAUUUUUGACGAUUACGUUAACUUCGGACGUGGAAUGCACCAAUUCCGUGUUGUUUUAAAUAAAUAACCGCGGUGUUUUAUAAACGCCCGACUUUCUUUGGGGCCGCGCGCGCAGACGAGGCUCGCGAAGUUUCCUCGCCAUUGGGCUGGUAGUUAUUCUAUAGCGCGAGUGGGUGAAAGUUUUCCUCGUCUGGUGUCAAAUGCCCCACAAAAUUAAGGUAUGAAACCGAUUGGGUUUUCUAUCGCAAUUCUGUAAGUUUACCAAUGAUUAAUCAUAAGGGCAACCUGACGUUACAUUGCUGAAUUAUACGGGAACGCACGUGAGCGCACACUUUUUGUCGUCGGUAUAUUUAUAAUGGACAAACAUUAUAUAUGUAGAAACUGCCCAGUUAGAAGCACAAAGGCUUGAGCCAAAUAAAGAAGUGAUGCCAAACAUUGCUAAGUUAAACAUGACACCGUUGGCUCUCUUGGUGCCGGAACCCUGCCCCCUUUUGUGGAGUCAGUGGGAGGAGUGCUCGCAAAAUUCCCACUGCCCUCUUCUGCCCCUUGGCCAGCAUUUUCACCGUUUCCGACGUCGCCGUUGUAACGUGCCUCGUUAUGGUUAUUGACGACACAUCGGUUGCCAUAGUCAUCGUAGACGCGUUAACAAAGAGAUGGCAAACGGUGUAUUUGUCGUCGUCCGCAAUUUUAUGCACUGUAGCAUGAUUGCCUCUUUUCUGUUCUUGCACGAGGGCAAUAUGUCCGGGAGCACAAUGUCAGCGUCGAGCUCUGCUAGCCACGACUCGAGCCUUAGGAGGAGGGUUCCUGUAGUUUUGCUGUUCCUCCUCCGUUGAAGGAGCACAGACCUUGGUGAUUUACUCACACGGUCCAUAGUUUGGACUGCGUGGUGACGGCACUGAUGUGACCCUCCUGAGACGUCACCAUGGCUUUGUGAUUCAAGAAGCCACCUCGCUUCUUUCUCCACGAGCCGAUCUUAUCACUCCAUCUCAACGGUGGACGGUCCCCACUGGAGUGUUGGCUCCUUCUGCUGCGAGCCCGUGAUUGGUCUCGGCCGCCAUCGGCCAUUGUUCAGUGACUUUUCCUUCCCAAGCCCACAUACGGUACUCGUCUUAAAACAGUGGACGUAAACGCCUCUAACUGGCUACUGAUGUCUGAGCUACGUCUUCCUCUUUCAGUCUCUCCCCGCGUAAUUCCAAGCUCUUUGUACGUCGUGUUAUAAUACGAACGAGCACUCCCAGAAUGGGUCUAUCUCGUGCUGUGGUUUGUGGGGAAGGGGGGGGGGGGACAUAAGUGGACCGUGUCCCACGUCCCUCUCAUGGCUCGGGUGCCACGGUGGCGAGAUGUUAAUUACCUCGACCAGUACACAGGAGGUCUUGGGAUAGGAUCCCGACCCUAA